AUGCCAAAACGAAAACGUACGAAUCGCAAGCAAAUUAAUGGAAUUCAAUAUUCAAAAAAAAAGAAGAAUUUGGUGCAAAACACGGGUUUAACCGAGAAAAUUAAUGAAGAUGAUUUUUUGGAUAAUACUUCAGCAAAUAUGGAUAAAGAAAAACAACAUAUUAGUAAUUUGCAUAGUUUUUCAAAACAUGUUUCAGAUGCGUCUGAUAUGGACGACGACGAUAAGUCAAAUCAAAUUCAUGAAACUUCAUCUAUCAUUGUACCUGAAAAAGAAAUAUUAAAUUACAGCACAUUGUUACAAUCUCGUGAAUCGCCUUCUUCGAAUGAAUCUCAUAAGUGUCCAAAUAAUUCAGCAUUGAAAAUGAAUUCAAACGAUUCAACUCGUCUUGCCACACCAAUUACUGUUGUUAAUGAAUGUCGUUCUAAAACUUCACCAUUACGAAUAAAUGAAAAAGAUAAACAUCUAUCAACAACCCAACGACACAUCUUUACCUAA